AUGGCCUCCUCGACAGUGUGCACUCCUAGUGAGAGAGGGGUCACAUCGAGGAGUACGAGGUCCCGCACCUUGUCGUCCCCUAUGCCACGUAGGACGGCUGCCUGCACGGCGGCACCGUACGCAACAGCCUCAUCCGGCCUCCAACCAGAACGACAUCAUGGAUGGCAGCCUUCUCCACCCCAGCAUCUCUCAGGCAGCUCUCUACAGGCUCGGCGCAUUUUUCGAACAGGUAAUGCUAGAGUAAAAGUCAAUUCCCUCGUGCAGACACUCAACGUCCACAUUGGUCUUAGUAUUGGUCGAGAGAACCCUCUUCGCCCUCUCGCAAGCUGUCCUCAGCCUCCGUAG